AUGCUGUCCUCGACCCUUCGAGCGCUCGGUGAGACGCUCGCCUCCGCUCCCUCGCGGUCGAGCUCGAGAGUGUUUCAAUACUCGUACUCCACUCGCUCGCCCGCGCUCAGGGCGUUCAAAACGCCGCGCGAGGUGUCGACCUGUGAGACAGUGGCGAAGAAGAGUCGCUUCGUCGCCGCCGUGUCCCCGUGCGCGUCCCCCGAUGAGGCCUUGGCGUUCGUCCGCGAGCGCGGCGACGCCGGUGCGUCGCAUAACUGCUGGGCCUUUCGCAUCGGCGAUGACGUGUAUCGAUUCAGCGACGACGGCGAGCCGGGCGGAACCGCCGGACAGCCAAUAUAUUCGGCGAUACAGAACAGCGGCCUCGAUCGAGUGGUGGUUCUCGUGACGCGGUACUACGGUGGCACGCAGUUGGGAACCGGUGGUUUAAUCAGAGCGUACGGCGGAGCGGCCCAGACGGCGCUGGAGCUCGCGACGCGCACCGCGGUCGUGGUCACCCCGAGGUGCGACGCCGUUUGCAAUAUGGACGCGGCAGACGUAGGUCGCGUCUUCUCCGCGCUGGACGAGUUCAGUGCGGAAAAAGUAGACGAAGAGUACUCGGAUGACGGGACCGUGCACGUGCAGGUCAUCAUAGAGGAGAGUGUGGCAGAGAAUUUGCGAGAGAGGAUCCUCAAUAGCACGAGCGGUCGAGCAGACUUCAAGUGGUGGCCGUCCGGAGGAUGA